AUGUGGUUGUCGACAAAGAGUCUCGUUGUGGUAGGCUUGCUCAGCGCCUUGGGCCAGAAGCAGCAGGCCGCUGCAGUUGAGUUAUCGAGCUUCACGAAGGACUUGUUCACCGAGUCCAUGAACUUCCUGGAUAAGAUCUACGACCCUGCAGCCGGUUAUCUGUAUUUCUUCUACUACCCACUAGCGGCAGGAAAGCACGAAACACGAUCGUCAGUCUGGUACGCAACUGGCCUCCUGCAGCGCAACAUCGGCGAUGAUGUCGAGCAGGCUACCAAGAUCAUCAGAAACGUAAUCGGAGAUCAGAAGAAGAUUCCUGAAGAACAGUGGUAUGGAGACUACACUGUUUACCCCGAGGAGCCAACUGUUGGCACAGCCGCGUAUCCUAAAAGCAUCUACAAUACCUGGGACCCCAAUUGGCGAGGUUUCAUUGGCACAACUCUCAUCGUUAUUUAUGAAGAGUUUAGGCAUCUUCUUUCAAGCGACGUUCAAAAUCUCAUUCUUGAGAGCAUGUACAACAACACCAUCGGAGACAGCUACCGUGUUGGUGGAGUUGAUAACGACAACCUAUACCCUUCUUACAGUAACCCAGCCAUCAUGCGCGCCAUCGCUACCGGAUGGACAGGUCGUACUCUCAACGACUCAAACAUGACAGCUGCCGGCGAACUGUACGCCCAAGAGAUCUUAGACUUGUUUGACCGAAACAACACACUCUCUGAAUUUAACAGCCCAACGUACGCAGGCGUCAGCAUCUAUUCGCUUACCCUGUGGGCCAAGUACAUGCCUUCUGACUCGUCACUGAUGGGCCAGAACGGUGCUCGCAUGAUCAAGGCCAUUUGGGAAUCCAUCGGUUCAAUGUACAACGCCAAUCUCCGCAACGUCGCCGGACCAUGGGAUAGGACUUACGGUUUUGACAUGAACCAAUAUGUCGCCAUAAUCAACAUCUACAUCUGGUCUCUCGUCGGUAAAGACAAGGCACCUGGCAUCUCACAAACCUGGAGCAUGGCUCAUGCAGACGACUUUGAAUACGCGCCGCUCAUCUCUGUCUUGGCGCCUUUCCAUGAUGCUCUCGUACCAUCAGAAGUUGUGGAAAAGCUUAGCAAUUUCCCUGGUGAGCACAUGUAUGAGACUGCUGCUUUCUCACCCCCUCACGAUUCCGUUCCCCGGAAUAUCACAACCUGGCUGUCGGCCAACCUCACUAUUGGAGCCGAAUCUUAUGACGAGGAUACCCUGGGUGGUCCUCGCCAAGAUCCUUCUCAAUGGUCUACUGCGGUGGUGCAGUGGGCUAGGAAGGACGGCAGCGUGGGCGGCUUUGAAUUCUGGAACAUUACGUUUGCGAUGCCUGGUAACUCGAGUACAAUUCCGUCCAUUGAACUCUACAUCAAGAGUCCCAUUGGCUGA